AUGACUCGGACGAAGAUAAAUGCUGGGGAUCAGCCUUGGUUGAACGACCGAGAGAACACCGCUCUGCAGUCCCAUGUUGAGGACUGGGGGAAGGCGAGUGGGACCGAGAGACGACAAAUCUUCAAAGCGGCUGCCAGAGAAGCCAGACUCUUGGCUCCAAAGAUGGACCAAGAGCUCUUGAAGCAACGAAAAGAGAAAUACAGGCAGUGGUUCCACAACCACAAGAAACACAAGGCCAAUGCCAAAGCGCCAACGAAGCUGCAAAAAAAAUGGACAGCACGCCAAGUAAUUGAAGAGCAGCGCAAGGCCGACAUUCUUCAGCAAAUACAUGAAGAAAUCGAGGAGGAGACUGGGCAGAAGCCUGAGCAGAAAGAAAUCUUCAGGAGGUAUCAACCCACUAUGACGGCAAUCAUGAAAGGGCUGGGUGACAAUGAGUUGGAGGAAGCCCAGGCGAAGGCUGACGAGUGGACAAAUCAAGCACCUGACCCUGCAGUCCAGGCCAAGACGGCUAGGAAGAAGGGUGAAAAGAUGAUCAAGCACUUCGCAAAGGAGAUGUUUACUCAGGCCGGUAUGAGACUCUUUGUAUUGGGUUCCUGGAAGGAUGAGAAGGGCAGCCUACUUACAUCCAGGCAAGUUGAUACAGUCGGUCGAUUUGACUUCAAUGAACACCUUGGGAUAGGCUCCAGCUUCAUGAAAUGCAAGGACUGGCAGGUCAUCUUACCGGCAUGGGAAGAUUUCAUAGGUGAUGCAUUCAACCAGGAUCAAGACCAGGACGGCACGCUGCUCGGAGGCACUCGCCGGGUUCCCAAGCCUUACCAUGAGUUCGACCUGGACCGCAUGGGUUUGCCGAUGUUGCCCGAUAUUGAGGGCGUGUCUCUUGACGCCAAGAAGGGAAUGAUUCGGUCAUUUCUCACCAUUCAUUACUCAUCAUCUGAUGCCCACCGCCACAGGAAUAUGCUGUGGAAAGCCGAAGGUCCCAGUGCCUUGGAGUGA